AUGUGUAGGCAGGAAACGCACGCUCUGCGUGCCAUACUAGCUAUCCUUCUGAGGCUUCUCAACGAUCCUCGGUCGGAACCUGUGCAAGACCGAGUUGCGAAAGGAGUGCUCAAUGUUGUAUCGGCUGUACUUCGUGGCUAUGGAGAAGCUGGCUCUGAUGCUCGUCGCACAGCGUACGCUCCCGUAGUUUGCGAAUUACUGCAAGAAUGUCUUCGUCUGCCUCCUCAUCUCCUACCCGCGCUGGGCGCCGAGUUUCCGAUGCAUUUGUGCGAACUUGUUGAGAUUGCUGAGGGACAGCCCUUGCGAUCACUUUUGGCUACAUUACUACGGCAGUUCUUAGCCAGCAAGAAUUGUGUUACAACAAAUACAAAUGCUAAACCUGUGAUCAAUGGUGUCUCUGAGUAG